AUGGAGCCUGCCCAGGCGCAUCCCGAGGAGGAUGACUUCUCUCAGUUCCUGUCGCAGGAGAACGCCGCACCUGCUGCGCAGCCGGAGGUCACUGCCGAGGCUCUCCUUCGAGUCGUGGCCGAGUCCUCCCAACGCCAGGAGCAACUCCUGGGAAAGGUUUGCAGUUUGCUCGUGAGCCUGGAUGAGAAGCUCGGGCGGAUCGCCUCUGCCCAGGAGAGGCUGGAAGACAGCUUGCACCGCGCUGCGGAUGCACCUGCAGGGGCGGCGCGUGCUCCUGUGUCCGGGCAAGUGCAGCAGCGUGGAGCCUUGGUGGCGCCUCCAGGCAAGCCGGGCUACUCUGCCGCAGGUGCCCAGCAAGGUCCUUCACCGGAGGAGCAGCGUCUGCAGCAAGAGCGCCUCGCAGCUGAGCGCUUGAGGAUGGAGGAGGAGAAUCGCCGGCGUGCAGAGGAGAUGAACCGGCGAAGGGAGGAAGAAGAGCGCCGUAAGCGUGAGGAGGAGGAGCGGCGCAGGCAGGAGGAGGAACGUCGUCGCGAGGAGGAGCGGCUACGGAAGGAGGAGCUCGGCAAGAAGACCAGUGGGCUCAUGUCGGGGCUCCUCUCCAGCGACUCCGGCGGGAGUGGUGGGGGCUUGUUUGGCGACGACGCGCCCAAGAGAAGCAGCAAAGGUGGACUCUUCGACGACUAA